CACGUCAGCCCGUGCAAAGGAUGAGGCGUCCAAGAGUACUAUAUAGGGCAUCAUCAUCAGCAUCAAACGCGGCCCAGACCCAGACACGGACCCGGACCCAGUCGUCGCAUCCCCAUACUCGUCUCCAGACGACGACGGGCCUAAGUCUCAUCCGGCUGCUCGCCGUUGUCUCUGUAAUUGGAUCGCAGUUUCAUUCUGCUCUGGGCACUGGCACAGGCACAGGCACAGGCACUGGCACAGCGAGCGUCGAGCCGGCGGCCUCCACCACAGCGAGCACACAGAACAGCAGCAGCGGCGGCAGCAGCGGCAGCCGUCGAGCCGAGAAUAAUAAUUUAUUUUUUGAUGACCAUAAUACAACUAAGGCAAUAUCAUCAGCCGCUGUUGGCCCGUCAGCAGCAACCAGCACAACCCUUUACGUAUCCCAGACCCAGCCCCGGCCCCAGUCGCAGUCGCAGGGGCAGGCCCAAAUGCCAUCGAAAACAACGGACACGCCGCACCCAGCAGCACACUUUGCCGUACCCACAGGACUGAAGCAGGCAGCGUACGCCGUGAAAACACCAGACAGCAGCAAUGAGAUUAGCCAUAGCGCACCAAUCAAAAAUUUAAUUACCAGCCUUGAGCGCCCUGGGACAACAGACGUGCUGCCACCGACAACAGCGGCUGUGGCUGUGGCAGAGGCAGCACUGGCAGUAGCAACAACAAAAAGCGCCAGGAGCACCGUUAAGCAACCCAUCGACUCCACACGAUCCCGGAACCAUUGGACAGUGGGAGGCUCCGCUGGCCAUGAGACAGAGAGGCCACGCACCUUUCGCAGCAAGCACCAUCAUGAGCACCACUGGGGGCCCUUUUUCGAGGAACCAAUCAGCUCGGUGGCCGCCGGGGAGAGCCUCGUCUCCGCCGUGCACCUGUUCACCGAGGCGGUGCUCAACUGUCGCGUAGGCAUGCUCAAGGACAAGACGGUCAUGUGGGUCAGACGCACCACCGAAAAGGUGUCGCUGCUCACGGUGGGCAAUGUCACGUACAGCGGAGAUCCGCGGAUUCGCGUCAAGUUCCAGUACCCGAACAACUGGCGAUUGCUGAUAAAUCCCACACAGCGGGAAGAUGCCGGUAUCUACAUGUGUCAGGUAUCCACCCAUCCGCCGCGGGUGUUUACCACCAACCUAACCGUUUUGGAGCCCCCUUUAAGGAUAAUUGAUGAGCAUGAACGGGAUGUGGGCGACCGAUACUACAAGUCGGGGAGUACCGUGGAUCUGCAAUGCCAAAUAUCGCGCAACUUUUUCCAAAAGGAACGAUACAACAUACUCAAGUCGAGCGAUCAUCCAGCCACACCCAAAGUACUCUCGAACGAGACGGCCAAUGAACUAAAUCUGAUCGGUGACACAAACCAAACUCAACUGAAACUAACCAGCCAGGAGCUGGAGAAAUACUUUACAAAGUUUAUUACAUGGGCCAAGGACGAAGAACCACUCCAACCACUGACCAAUAAACGCUCAAGCGUAUCUGAAAAAUGGCUAACUAGUCGCAUCUCCAUUGAAGAUGCAAAGAUCUCCGAUAGUGGAAACUAUUCCUGUUCCCUUGGCAGACUAUUUACUGUAAUUGUCCAGGUACAAGUUCUUACAGGGGAAUUACCCGCUGCUGUCCAACACAACUUGGCGCCCAGAUCCGAAGGCUUUUGGUGUCUCCUUCUAAUGCCAAUUGCUUUCCACUUCGUACUUCGUAGACGACAUCUUGACAUUAGUAUGACGAGUGCUUAAGAUGACGAGAAUCAGACAUUGAUUGGAUUUCCACACACCGUUUACCUAGUAAAUAAUGUAUGUAAUACUUUCGGAUAACUUUCGUGUGUGUAAAACAGUAACAGUAACUGGAAACUUGUCCAAACCAAUAUUCAUAUAAACAAUAGGAUUUUAUAUAUCAAUUUACAUGGCAUUACCCUUAUGUCUGGAUCUCUCUUUCGGCCUUCGCGUUCUUCUCCUUUACAAAACAAGAUUAGGAAGAACUUGAUGUGAAGUCUGUAUAUCAGUUUCCCCUCCCAACUCCCAACACCCAACACCCCUUGCCACACCUUAUCAUAUAUUGUACUUCGAAUGUAUCAGCUUUAUUUAAAGUAAAACCAAAAAAUGAAGAAAGUACACCCUUUAGGUAUGCAAUUUUGUACAAAUUCAGUGAGCUUAAGAAGGAAUUAUUUUGUUUUGUUCUUGUGAUGUUUUCUCUUAGUUAUGAAUCAUACAACAAAUUUAACGAUGUGAUUUCGUUCAGUAAUUAUGUAAAUACAUAUUGUAAAAUUGGUAAGGUUAAAUGCAUGAUUUACAAAUAUUAUCCUUAUACGGUUGGAUUAUUGUUCUCCUUUCACAAAUCAUGUUGAUUAUGUAUAGUUAAAUCCUUGUAAUUAAUCGGGAGGCAGUCUACCAGGAUCCCUAAAACAAACAAAUAUUGUUAAACUGAAGUCAUUGUGUAAUUAAUUAUUAUUGAAUGAGUAAAUCAAAAUACUUUCAAAUAUACGAACCAUUAAUAUAAAUUAUC